AUGACUAUGGUUUUUUUAAAGAUUGUGACACUUAUCCAAUUGGCAUUAAACUACUCACCUGGAAAGAAGAGAGAGAUUGCUAGUGGGGUGUUUAGAAUAGUGGUUAUACCUCAAAGAGUGACCUUCAGUGCACCCACCACAACCUACAGCUGA